AUGCAUAAGGAAGCAGAACAGAGGAAACAGGAAUGGCGUAAGAAACUGGCGGAACUGCAGAGUCAAUUUCAAGCUUUACUGGAGCAGAACCAGAGCCUUCCUGAACACAUCCGCCUCCAUCGCUCGGAGUUUGAACUGGACCUGAGCUUCCGCGAGAAAACUGAAAGACAGACAGAAGAGAGAGUGAUGGAGGUCAGGAAAGAACUGGCCUGGGAGGAGGAGAAACACAGCAUCGGCCUUAACAAGCUACAGACCAUACAUCCUAAGACUCCAAGGGAAGGAGAAAACAAUCGC